AAUAGUCAUAUUUUGAAUUUCAAUAGCGACAAACCUUCUGCUCAAAUUAUGAAAAUAUUUCUCUCUUUUUUACUGCUCUUGGGCUUAACCUCCCUGGGCCAUGCUGUGUUAAAGUCCUGCGUUUGUGAGCCCGGCUUGGAGGGUGCACCGGGGCCCAAUGGCAAUCCCGGUCCAAAGGGUGAAAAAGGUAAUCGCGGCUAUCCCGGACUGCCGGGUGCCCAGGGACCAAUUGGUGCGCCAGGAUUCAAAGGUACCGUAGGACCAAAAGGCGUUCCAGGUCGUGGUAGUAAUAUAGUCGGCGCUGUUGGGCCACGGGGUCCGACCGGCGUAUGUCCCCCAUGUGCAAGACGUCGUUCCGCGUUUACUACCAUUGAAGCCGAACCAGAAGACGAUAGCAUUUAUAUGCUAACCGAAGAUGGAGAUUUGGUACCGGUGCGAAAAAUUCAACCAACACCAGAGCAAAGAUCUUUGAUUGAGAAAUAUCAGAGGUCACUCGACGAUGAGGGGGAUGAUGGAAAUUUUGAAAAUAAAAAUUAAAUUUAUGUUCGAUAAGAUAUUUACGAUAAGAAACAAUAAAAUAAACAAUUAAAAUUAAAAAAAA